GACAAAUAGGUGGACUUUUGUUGGUGAAUGCUCGACCCAUCGACCGAGGAACAAUUUGAACUCCUCGGAUGACGAGUUUGAGACCGGCGGGUCUGACUGUAGGCUGUCAUGGGCGGCAAAUUAUCGUCUUUGUUAUGGCAAGACAAGUCCUGACACUUCUGAUAGGUGGAACAUCCCUCUCCGUGUGCCUCUACCGCCUUGUCCAUUCGAAUCCUCCCUCGAUGCCCCCAGGAACCUCAAAACAUCUACUUUCUGCCAGUCUACGAUACGCGGUAGAGGGUUACUAUUGCGCGACGGCGUUGACAUGUUCUAAACGAUGACGCAGCUGUAGCCGGCGUUGCCAUUGCUAGUGUCGUAGUCAACAGGAACCGUCUCUGAGCCCUCAGCGCCGGGGACAGAGGUGGGAAUCGGCUCGGCGAUGGUGAAGAACGCGUCCAUUGGAGCGAAGAAAGCGACGAAGUUCUAUGCACUCUGUCAGUCUAUUUAUGCGAUUUCUGAACCUACGACGAGACAAUAAGGAUCCGUCCUACUAGUCCGACGGCCGCCAUACUGCAACAUAGGAGGCGGAUAGUUUCAACAAUAGCGCGGCGUCCUUCCGAGGCUGUCCGCCCCCGGGCCCUCUCUAAAGAACGCUCCGGCUUGCAAAGCGAGGUACCUUAC